GCUACCGGCAAUAGCGGCGGGGAGAUCAACCACGUCCACAGCCAUGUAACCGUCUACCCUCCUGCUGCAGCUGCUUUCCUUGUGCAGUUACGUUUAAGCGCAGCUGCCACCUGACUUGACGACUGCUUCUUGUCUCCGAUCAUCGAUCCCAUCAUCCUUUCCUUGUGCUUCCAGUUUCAGUUGUGACUUUUCUGAGCAAUCUAAUCUCCAUGGACAUCAACAAGGCAGCAGGGGCCUCGCCGGCGGCCGUCGACGCGCGCACGGUGGUGGCGCACGUCCUGGCCGUGGCCGCCACCGUGCUGGUGCUGGUCUGGUGCGUCCACUUCCGCGGCGGUCUGGCCCUCCGGUCCCAGGACAAGCAGCUCAUCUUCAACGUCCACCCCGUGCUCAUGCUCCUGGGCCCCAUCGUCCUCGCCGGAGAGGCCAUCCUCUGCUACCGCUCCCUCCCGCUCCUCAGCCGCGGCGCCAGGAAGAAGGCGCACCUGGCGCUGCACGCCGCGGGCCUCGGCGCCGGCGUCCUCGGUGUCUACGCCGUCUUCAAGUUCCACGUCGAGAGCGGCAUCCCCAACCUCUACUCGCUCCACUCCUGGAUCGGCAUCGCCACCAUCUCCCUCUACGCGCUCCAGUGGGCCGCCGGCUUCCUCGCCUUCUUCUUCCCGGGCGCGUCGCCGGCCACACGGCGCAGGGCCCUGCCGUGGCACGCCGUCGGCGGCCUCCUCGUCUUCGCGCUCGCCGUCGGCACCGCGCAGCUCGGCUUCCUCGAGAAGCUCACCUUCCUGCAGGGCCCGCCGCUGCGCCUGCCCAGGCACGGCGCCGAGGCGCUGCUCGUCAACUUCACCGCGCUCGUCGUGCUCCUACUCGGCGUCGCCGUCGUGCUCGCCACGGUCACCAUGGACGCCACAAGGUACAACACCAUCAUGUAAUUAUUGUGUCAAUGUGACGUAAUUCAUGGAUGAAUCAAAUGCUGUGGGUUGAUCACUCGCUUGUACGAAACAUGCAUGCAUGCAUGCAUGCUACUUUGUUUAAUUUGUGCUGUACAAAUAUAAUUAUGAUGGUGUAUAUAUGUAUGUUAAUUAUACA